AUGGAUGUGGGUAUCGGCAGGACGCACCCCUUGCUGGACACCCUUGCCCAAGUCAGGGACACCUCAAGCUCCGUCCGUCCCCUAGAGCGCCUGCUGGAGGGCGUGUCUGAGCCGGCGCAGGCAGAUGGCCUGCUACAGGGCUUGGCAGGGCGGCACCAUGCUUGUGCCGCUGAAGUCCACCACCCUGGGGUUCUGCAGACCCGGGAGGCACAGACCAGCAUCCUGCUGUUCAGCAUCACAGCCAGCGUGCUCCGAGCCAGCGGCUCCAGCCACAAGCAGUAUGCAGAGAGCGCCAAGGACCUGGCCCUGACCCUGAUGAAGCACCGCAUGAAGCUCGUUUACUUCCACCUGUCCUCGGGCGACAGCCGCAAGAUUCGGGCGGCCCUAGCGCUGCUGACCUCUGUGGCCAGCCUGUCGCCAGGCAUCGUGGAGGAGCUGGUCCGAGUGUUCGACUUCUCGCUUUCCAGCCUACCCGGCAUAGCCCGGCCCUCCAGGUGA